AUGGGUCCCCGAAGUGCUCGGGCACUAAACGGGAACAAAAGAGCACCCCAAUCGGCACCACGAGGCGCUCGAACUAAAUUGGUUGCUUUUUGUGCGAAAACGUGGCGGCCUCUGCGCGCCGACCGCACAAUACUUCAUUAUAUUAUAGUGCUGCUGCUCCACGCCGAGGAAGGCAACGCGCUCCGCUGGUGUGCACACCGCUUAAACAACUUUACGACUUUUCUUUUACGAUUGACAAUUAAAAUGUCGGCUAACGACUUCACUCCGAGCGAGCAUAAAAAUGUUUUCGACCAUUUUGCGGAGAUUCUUUAG